GCAAAUUUAUAGGGUGUGUUGUGUAAGAUUAAUUUUUAUUUUGUAAAGCAAACGUACCCCUCUACUAAAUGUUAGCACAAGCAUACCCUUCUAAUAUUAAAACAUAACGAUUUUAUCAUUUCAUCUAAUUAUCUAUUAAAUUACUGUUAAUGAGGUUUUAAAAUGAUCAAUUGCCUCUUAUUUACUUGUAAACACUCCUAAUUUUGGAUUAACUUGUCCGGUGGAAUUCGCUUUUGCUCCUAGAAACUCGGAGGGUUUUUUUCCUGUGCGAUUUUUCGGCGACUAGGGUUCUUUUUUCUCAAUGGCGGCGAUCUCGCCGUCCAAAAAGUCGGCUCCUCCGGCUAAGCCUCCGAAAGUUCUAAGCGGGGCUAAGAGACUUGCGAUGGUUUCUUCCUCGCCUGAUGGUAAGAGCGAGAGGGAAGCCGUCCAACCAAAGAAAAAAAGGGCUUUGGAUUUCGAUCAGGGAGUUGGAGAGGUUGACGGGGAAGAUGCAACAGGGAAUGGAUACGGAAACAGCUGAGCAACCAAUGGGAACAAAUAGCCCCGGGAAAGCAACGAAGAAAGGUACCUGGUUCGACAAUGCUGCCAAAUCUUUCAGUGAAGUGGUGAUGGGGGACGCUUAGUACGUGGCCUACUCAGAUUCCGAAGAUGUGGCCCAGCAGGAGUGCGAGGAAGAUGAAAUACUGGAUGAAGAAACUUAUGACCCUACAUGCCCACCAAUCCUUUUAACGGCAGCGCAGAAAAAUCAAUGUAUCAAGUGUUUGUCCGUUACAAUACGUACCCAUAUGGGUUGACUGGUCUAGACCUGUUACAACACAUAAAUUAUACUCUGAGAUAAUUUAUUAAUUGAAUACUACAAUAUUUGAAUGUCAUAUAGUGAAUGAAAAAGAAUAAUAUUCAAAAUUUCAUAUUGUAAUCUCAUGUUAUAUACAAUGUUGGUGUAAUAUAAUUUAAUUCAUAAUUUUUAACUAAUUCGUAUCAUGUUAUUUAAUAUCAAUCAGUAACUAAGAAUUCUAUAAUACAUGAUUUAUCUUUUAAAUUAUAAAUGUGACAUAUUUGGUUAUGUACUCCAAGUCUUAAACCAUUAUAUAUUAUGAGAUAUAUAAUCUAACGAACAUAUGAAUUAUAUAUUAAUACGCUCAUAAGUCGCGAACUAGUUUGCUAGCCACGCUGUCGAGCCAGCUCAUUAGCUUUCAAUGAGCCAGCUCACUAGUUGAACUCAAUGAGUUUCAGAGUUGAGCUAGCUCGCGAGGCUCACUAGUCAAACAAGUACGAACUAAAACUCGACUAUUUACAAAAUAGACGAGUUACGAACAAAUUUUUCUCAAAUCGAGCCGCUCAUGGAAGUUAAUUCAUUUGGAGCCCUAAUUCCGGCCAACCAUCUAAUACCUUUUCCUUUCAGCUUGUCCCCCUCCAUAUAUAGAGCUAACUAUAAAAUUAGUUUUUGCUAUCUGAAAUGGUAACUUUUGGAGUAAUUAACAUCGGAAAAAGCCGGUGUUGGUUUCUAGCAUGUUAAGGAAAAGGAAAAAGUGGACUAAAGCACAAACAUAUAUAAUAGAAUCUAGUACCUAAUCUAGUGGACAUAGUUAGUACGUAGUUCCAAGUACCAGAGCGAAGUGAAGUUAAGUGCGGGGGUUGGUUUCAAGAAAAGCGGCCGUUAUAUGCAAAAUUCCUCUAAAAUGCUUGGAGACAAUCAUUAGUCCCACAUGGUUCAGUUAAUUUCUUGACACAUAUAGGUGUCGUGUGAAUGUGGGCACCGGGUCGUGCCGCCCAUGGGUUAGCAUGACACGGCACUGUUAGAGCACGGCAUGAGUACGAAAUAAAUAGGCCAGUCCGGCACGAGCACGAAUAAUUUAUGGGCCGUGUCGGGUCUAAACUUUAUGGGCACGGACACAACACGGUAUAUAAGUGAGCCUUGUCGGGCUUAAUAUUUUCGAGUCUUUAUUGAGUAUAAGAACGAACAUGACACGAAAAUUAUAUUUAUUUGAUAGAAUAUAAAUAUAAAAAGAAUUAUAGGUUCAAAUAUUACAAAACACAAGUAGAAAAUAAUUAUUUGUUGUUGUUAGAAGUGUCAUAAAGAUAUAUACGUAAUUACUUUUUUUUUUUGAUAAAUCCACGACCAUAUACGUAAUUACUAACAUAAGUAAAAAUGGACAAAGAAUUAAACAAAGCCAAAUCACACUCGCUAUACUUCCAAUUUUCUUUUCCCCAUAAUUUGUUACUUUUCUCAAACAUUAUCGGUUAAUACAAUCUUCCUCCGUUCAAUUUUCACCUUCUUUUUCAUUCUCUCUUUUUGUUUUCGUCCUUUUCAUUAAACACGAAUACGACCAUGCCACGAGCACGAAUAGGCACGGCACGAUUCGAAUCGUGCCUGGGCCUAGCAAAGUUAACAAAUGGGCUUGCAUGGCACGAAACGAAAACUGACAAGUCGUGCCAAGCACGGCACGAAAUAAAUGGACGCGAAGCGU